AUGGCUGGCGCCGCGCAAUCAACAGCCGCAGAUGGCAUGCCCUGGCCGAAGUGCAAGACGGACAUGGACUGGGACAAGAAGCCCUUGGGCCGGGGUUACUUCGGAGAGGUGUGGCGCUGCACCCGUCCGGGCAAGGCGCACUCUCCACUAAUUUGGGCCGUCAAGAAGAUUCCCAAAUCGCUGGUUCAGCAGCAUAGUCUCACCGAGCAGAUGCAAAGAGAGAUAACCAUCAUGCGCAGCCUGAGACACCAGAACAUUGUGGAGCUGCAUUUCAGCUUUGAAGACGACAGCCACAUCUUCCUCGGGAUGGAGUUUGCGGAAGGCGGCGGCAUGUUCGACCUCCUCAGCAAGGUCGGAAAGUUCACGUUAGACCUGGCUGCCCAGCACUUCUAUGAGGUGUGUGAUGCACUGCACUAUCUUCACAACCGUGAUCCGAAGAUCAUCCACCGGGAUAUCAAGCCCGAGAACAUUCUCCUCGACAAGGGCAUGCACGCGAAGCUGGCGGACUUCGGCUGGUCUAACGUCAUGGAGAAUGUAUCCUACAGGCAAAAUUGGUGGGUGAUAGACAUCCGACUGGACAAAGAUGAGAGUGAGGGUGAAAAGCGGUUGAUGACGCUGGUUCUGAUGAUUAGCAGGGUGGAUGAUGAUUGUGUCAGUGACCGUGAUGAUGAUGGUUGUGAUGCUGCAGGGAGCAUCAAGCUCCAGUUUCCGUCGGACAUCGACCAUACCGCGGAGGAGCUCCGCUUCGGUAUCUCCGAUUGGAGUUUGCAGGGGUGGAGCGUAUCUUUCAUAACGUCUGUGGCUAUUCACCGGUUCUUUAAGCCUGCGGCAUCUGCAGCCUCUGGAAAGAAGGAGCUGCAGGAAGAUGCGGGCCGACCCUCCGUGGAGGCACGACACCUGGCGCGUGAAAACGAGAUUCUCGAAAACGAGAAGAUGGAGCUCGUUGUCGCCAAAGCCCGGCUGGAGACCGACCUGUUCAAUCUGACGGUCGAGCUCGAGGAUCGUGUGGCUGAGCUCCACAAGGAGCAGUCGUCGCUGCGAAAGGUGCAGGAGGAACUUCGGGAGCUGCAGGAAAUGGAGGAGAAGCAGAAGGAGGAGCUCGGCGACGCAGAGCCGCCGGUCCGCCCAUUGUGA